GUUGUCGGAGGGGGGAGGAGGGAGGGAGGAAAAAGAGGAGGAGGCGGAGGAGAACUGAGCUGAGCAGAGCAUCGAGCCAAAGGGGAGAUGAGUUUGUCUGUCCUCGGCUGAGGCUCCGGCCGGGCCUAGGGAAGUGGGAGCACGGGUUGGAGCGACACCCGUGGAAGUGGGAGGAGGUGGCUCUGGGACUUUAACCCCUUGUGGGCUCUGCGGCAGGGGAUUUAACCCUUUGUGGAUCCGGCCCCUCGGAGUCAGCGUCAUCGGGUAGUUUUAACCCCUUCGGGGCUGGGUUUAACCCGUUGGAUUUAACCUAAUCUCCUUGCCCACCAACUCCUUGAUCGCGGGGGCGCUCUGCGGGGAGGCUUGAGGCCCACCCCCUCUACACAACACCUACUGUUCCUGCUGCUGCACCCCCUUGGACCCGCUAGCCGGCCGCGCUGUGGGCCCUUAACCCUUUACUGACUUGAGCUCCCCCAAAUUGCAACUGGAGUUUGCUGACAGAAGGACUGGCUGAAGGCAUCACUGCAGGAAUUACAGACCGAAGAGGACUGUGCUGGACAUUUCUGAAAGAAAAGAAAACCCUUUUUUCCUUAAGGAUUUACAGUCAAAAUUCUUCAGACUCCGAGGAUUCUAUUAGCAAUGGCCGAGCCACUCUUGUCAGAGUAUCAGCACCAGCCUCAAACUAGCAACUGUACAGGUGCUGCUGCUGUCCAUGAAGAGCCGAACUCUGAUCGCCCCCCAGGCGCGGAGGAGCGGGUGCCCGAGGAGGACAGUAGGUGGCAAUCGAGAGCGUCCCCCCAGUCGGGUGGCUCUCCGGGGCAGGGCGGGGAAGGGAACCUGGAGCUCCAGCCGCCUCCCGUGCAGACCCAGAUCUGCCCAGAAUCCAGCUGUCCGGAAGCGGGUGAGAAGGGCCAGAAUGGGGACGACUUGUCCGCUGGCGGUGCCCCCCAGCCGGCGGCGGGAGGGCAACAGAGGCCGAAGGCCAACAAGUUGGGGGCUUCUGCCGCAGGGGGCGAGGAGGCGUGGGGACAGCAGCAGAGACAGCUGGGCAAGAAAAAACAUAGGAGACGCCCCUCCAAGAAGAAGCGGCAUUGGAAACCGUACUACACGCUGACCUGGGAGGAGAAGAAAAAGUUCGAUGAGAAACAGAGCCUGCGAGCUUCGAGGAUUCGAGCCGAGAUGUUCGCCAAGGGCCAGCCAGUGGCUCCCUAUAACACCACGCAGUUCCUCAUGGAUGAUCACGACCAGGAGGAGCCGGAUCUUAAAACCGGCCUCUAUCCCAAACGGGCUGCUGCCAAAUCUGACGACACCAGCGAUGAGGACUUUAUGGAAGAAGCGGGCGAGGAGGAUGGGGGCAGCGACGGGAUGGGAGGAGACGGCAGCGAGUUUCUGCAGCGGGACUUCUCGGAGACCUACGAGCGGUACCACGCGGAGAGCCUGCAGAACAUGAGCAAGCAGGAGCUCAUCAAAGAGUACCUGGAGCUGGAGAAGUGCCUCUCGCGCAUGGAGGACGAGAAUAACCGGCUGCGGCUGGAAAGCAAGCGGCUGGGCGGCGACGACGACGCGCGCGUCCGGGAGCUGGAGCUGGAGCUAGACCGGCUGCGCGCCGAGAACCUCCAGCUGCUGACGGAGAACGAACUGCACCGGCAGCAGGAGCGAGCACCGCUGUCCAAGUUUGGAGACUAGACUGAAACUUUUUGGGGGGAGGGGGGCAAAGGGGACUUUUUACAGUGACGGAAUGUAACAUUAUAUACAUGUGUAUAUAAGACAGUGGACCUUUUUAUGACACAUAAUCAGAAAAGAAAUCCCCCCUGGCUUUGGUUGGUUUGGUAAAUUUAGCUAUGAUGUAGCUUGUGUGCUUUCUCCUGUUCUUUAAUUAUGUGAAACUGAAGGGUUGCUUUUCUUGUUUUCCUUUUUAGGAGUUUUUUUCUUUUUUAAUGUGUAAUUUGACCAAGCUAUAAAGCAUUUUUCUGUUAAAAAUCCCCUCCUUAAAUGGAGCUAUAAGGUGGCCAAAUCUGAGAACCAUUAAAUUCAUUCUAGUUAUAAUAAAUUUAAUAUUUGUAAAUGUAA